GAUCAGGAAUGCUGGGAACUGUUUACAGGGCAGAGCUUCCAAAUGGAAAGUUACUUGCAGUCAAGAAGCUGGACAGAAGAGUUUCCAAUCAACAGAAGGAUGAUGAGUUUCUUGACCUAGUAAACUUGAUUGACGGAAUUCGUCAUGCUAACGUUGUCGAGUUGAUGGGCUAUUGUGCGGAGCAUGGUCAAAGGCUUCUGGUUUAUGAGUAUUGCGGUAGUGGAACACUACAAGAUGCACUGCACUCUGAUGAUGAGUUCAAGAAACUACUUUCAUGGGAUACACGGAUCAGGAUGGCUCUUGGAGCUGCAAGAGCCUUGGAGUAUCUCCAUGAGGUCUGCGAGCCGCCUAUUAUUCACAGAAACUUCAAGUCUGUCAAUCUUCUCCUUGAUGAUGAGUUGGCUGUGCAUGUCUCUGAUUGUGGUUUAGCUUCACUGAUAUCAUCAGGUGCUGUGAGUCAGUUGUCAGGACAACUUCUUACGACCUACGGCUAUGGUGCCCCAGAAUUUGAGUCAGGGAUUUACACUUCUAAGAGUGAUGUUUACAGUUUUGGCGUGGUGAUGCUGGAACUCUUAACAGGCAGAAUGUCAUAUGACCGAACUCGAAGUCGAGGAGAGCAAUUCUUGGUCAGAUGGGCAAUCCCUCAGCUACAUGAUAUUGAUGCCUUGACGAGGAUGGUUGAUCCUUCGCUCAAAGGAAAGUACCCACUUAAGUCAUUAUCACAUUUUGCUGACAUAAUAUCCCGCUGUGUUCAGCCCGACCAAGAGUUCCGGCCACCAAUGUCAGAAGUUGUUCAAGACCUCAUACAAAUGAUUAGAAGAGAAUCUCCUAGUAGAUCCGACGAAGAAUGACUUGAACUAGACAUGCAUUCUAUAGCAGAUUCAGCCGUGGAGUAACCAAAACUUCAAGAUUUUUUACUUCGUGAGGGAUUUAACUCGAGCUGAGAUACUUGGAUCCAAGAUUUUGAGGCUGUUGUAGAUGCAGUGCCCUGCUACCCGAACUUCAUACCUCUGAGACACAAGGCAGGCUAGAACAAACAGUGUGAUUUCAAACCAGCACGGCUCGAUUAUCGUGAUUCUUAGUACAAUUUUUUGCAAUCAUUCUAAUGUUCAUUUAGGCUAAAUAGAAGCCACAAUGCAUAAAAUGCACUAACCCCAUUGUUUAAGAGCUUAUUUAUUAUGGUUGUUAAUUGGUAUGUCUGAAGUUGUAAAUCUUUAUUUGUUCUGCUGUACAUUUUCAUUUGUUUGUACAAGAAUAUUAUUCUUCACUCUUUCAACAUGGACUUGCUGUAACACUUUCUUCACAGUUAUUCAAUUGUGCAAUGAUGGAUAUGGUCAAUGGAUAUUCACUUUAA